AUGGCGGAGGGUGAGGUCGAGCACGUUGAGCAGGAAUACGUGCAGAUCACACCCGACUACGUCAACAUGUUCACAGGGCCUACGACAGGCUUCCUGUGCACGCUUGACUCGAACGUCUAUCAGCUUCAAUUUCUUGACUUCAAGAUAAGAUCAUUGGACGAAGGAAAUGAGAAAAUGCUUUUCGACCUCGGCGCCGGCUCCAUGCCCAGCCCGCCGCCCCCUGAUAUCGGGGAGGAUGCCUGUCGCUUCAUCCGCUACCACUUCGGGCCAGAGUUGCUCGAAAUCAACACGAUAGGUACCACGUUGGAGUUCGUGAACGGGCCAUAUGAGGUGCAUCAGUUCAGGAUGAUCGAGCGCCACUAUUUCAGGGACCAGCUGAUUACGAGCUACGACUUCACAAUGCCGUUCGUCAUGCCGAACAGCAGGAACACCUGGGAAAUGAUCUACACGAAGCCCCUCCUCUCCGAGGAGUGGAAAGAGGCGCUAAGGAGUGCUCCUUGGGAGGCGAGAUCGGACAGCUUCUAUUUCGUCCAGGACCAGCUGAUCAUGCACAACAGAGCGGAGUACAACUACUCGCCUUUUUGA